AUGCCUCUGCUCGUCCCAAUCCGGACUCUACAAAGACAUCUCUGUAAACUAACUGAAACCUUCUUUUAUUUCCUGCAGGCUGUGAGCGACCAGAGACUGAUCCAUGCCGGCAAACUGCUGCCCGACCACCUGCACAUCAAAGAUCUCUUCAGACAGGCCGACGGGGUUCCCACACUGCACCUGGUGUGUCCACCGCAAAGGCCUCUGGGAGCUCGACCUAAGUCCUCUGUGUCAACACAUUCAAACUCUCCUUUACAGACCAGAGAUUAUGGGGCGGUCUGUGCUUCAGCCGACGCCGGCGCCCCCCCCUCCACAGUCCAGACUCCCGAGCUGAGGCAGAGGAGGCCGACCUCUUCAUCUCACGCACACGUCCCAGAGUCUCCGCCGGGACCCGCUGCUGCUGCUGCAAUGCCCGGAGCGCCACCGAUGGUCCAACCAGCCUUCCCCACCUACUCUCUGUACAGCCCUCAGCAGCUCCUGUGGCUCCAGCAGGUCUACGCGCGGCAGUACUACAUGCAGUACCACGCGGCGUUGGCGGCGGCGGCCUCCCCCCCACCGGCCGCGACCCUCGGCCAGUACCCGCCGGUCCCCGCCCACCAAGUGCCUCUUCCAGACCCCUUAGCCAAUCAGAACCCCAUGAACAACUUGCCGGCGAAUCAGAACCUGGUGCAGGAAGGCGCCUUCAUCAACCCGGGGGGGGGCGACCAGAACCUGCGGAUGAACGCGCAGGGCGGGCCCGUGAUGGACGAGGAGGAGGACGUGGACCGCGAUUGGCUGGACUGGUUGUACUCCGCCACCAGAGUCUGCGUCCUGCUGCUCAUCGUCUACUUCAACUCCAGCCCGAGCCGCUUCCUGCUGGUGACGGGCGCCUUCGUCCUCAUGUACCUACACACGGUGGGCUGGUUUCCCUUCCGAGGGCGAGCCGAGGUCCAGGGACCCAACCACCCGCAGCCCCCGGGGGUCCAGCGCAAUCAACAGAAUGACGACAGGAAUCCAAAUCCAGUGGAGGAGGACGGUGACCGGGAGGCGGCUGCAGGCGACGGGUCGGACGGAGAAGGGCCAAUGAGGGCGGCCCCAGUGCCCCCUUACCCGGCGUCAGUCGUGUGGACGUUGUGGGUGUUCCUCAAGACCUUUUUCUCCUCCCUCCUACCUGAGCUCCCUCAGGUUCCCAACUGAUCCGAUGGACAGUUCACGCAGCUCCUCUGUGACAGUCGCUCAGCGUUGGGAGCGUGGACCACGAGGCUAAAACACCAGCAAACACCAGCAAAUGCCGGCCGGCUGAACAAGGACCAGGAAACCGUCUUUAACAACAACGUCUUCCUCCACGAGACGCCAUCUGACCCAACGUCUGUGUGACCAUUCGGGCUUUCGCCCCAUGACUGCUCUUUGCUGCUCCUGUGUGCUCAGGGAGGAGGCUACGGGGGGGGGGGGACACGAGGACACGCCGACACUCCCGACACACGUCUCUCACCGUGAGCACGCGUGUGUGUAGACGCGCCGUUUGAAUCGCGCGGAUUCUAUGAUGCACGUUCCAUUUGAAGUGACAAUCAGGCCUCCGGUGUUGGAUUGAUUUACGCCGUCACAACCCCCCCCCCCCCGGACACGUUGGCUGGGAACUCGUAUCACGGUAUUUUGUAAGAAUCUGGCUCGUCGCGGUAUAUUGCGUCCUUUAAAAAAAAAAUAAACACAUUCCUCCCUUGAGGCUGAAAUCACCGCUGGCUGGCGUGCUAGCGUGUUAGCGCGUUAGCGUGUUAGCGCUGUUGUUCCCACCAGCUGCUUGACAAACGCUGCAUAUGAAUCAUUUUCUGAUCUAACUUUUCCAAACCAAAACCGCCCCAAACAGACGCAGCUGGUGUCUCGUUGUUCCUCCUGCAUCGCUCUUCAACCGCGUUUUUCACGUAGCGUCUCUUAGCGUGACAGCGGGUGAGCUCUACCCAGCAUGCAGUUUGGCGGGGUCAUUUUACAAAUCUACAUUUAUUAGUGUUACAAAUUGUAUCACACACAGUUGUGUUGUGGCGUUUUACCUGUUUUAAAGAGUGUUUGUUGGUUUAUUAACCGUAUUUUAAGUCAUAACCAUGACUUCAUCUCAAUACACGUAAGACAAGCGGCUCCGUCCUCGGCGGUGAGCGAGGAACAACACGUUUAUCUGCCUCGUCGUGCCGCUGCAGUCGAGGAAUUAACGCGUUGUGGAAGCUGACCAGCACCACGAUGCUACGCUACUACGUGGCUCCUCUCGCAGGUUCUCAUGUUUCCCUUUUGGAAUUUGAAUGUAAAUCAAAGCUGUGCGCAUUUUUUUUUAAAUCUGUGAAUAUUUCACAAUCCAUAUGCAAGUUGCAUGAACUCGUUGGGUCCUUGUUGCUGUUUAAAUAAUAAUGAAGAUGUGAUUCACCGUAUUUAGUCACACGUUGCACCUUAACAGCGUGAAUGCCAGCAGGAACUGACAGCGACUGGAACUUAGUUCACACACAAAAAAAGAACAAAAUCCACCAAAUCACGUUGCACAGAGUGUUGUUUCCUGCUACUGUGUGUUGGAUGAUGUAUUUUUUUGAGUUGGAGAGGUUAAGAUAUUGUGUUCUUCUCCUGAAGAUUUCUAAUAUGAAUAGUUUAUUUCUCUGUUUGUUGUGACGUGUUAAACACAACAGGUUGAUGCUAUAAUGGUAGCAAUGCUUUAGUAAAACCCUUUUUAUGUCAGAAGAUAUAUUUAUGGAAUGGGGACAAGUUGACCUCAGUUUGAGCUUUUUUGUAUAUUUCUAUUCUCUCACCCAGGGAUGGUGACAUCGUUCCUCCUUCUCAACGUGUGUUUACUCCAUUGUGAUGUCACAGAUCACACUCAUUGGACCGCGGUUUGGCCUGCGGUCGACGGCUAACCCCUAAUUGCUCCCUGGGUUAAAAUGCUUUGUAGGUCGCUUUGGAUAAAGGCGUCAGCUAAAUGACCUGUGAUGUCAUAAUGGGUUCACGCUCUCAUAUGCUUCAAGUGCUUUAUUAUAUUGAUGGAUUGCGUGUUUUUUCAUCAGUGGGUUUUCUUCUCUCGGCACCACCAGCCCUGUACGAUGGGUGUAGCUCGCCUCAGAGGGGGGGCCGUGUUCCCCCAGUGGGAGCUUAGCACAGCUUCCAGCAACGACAACUGACUGUGACAUUGUCGGUGCACAGUGGGAUUUUUAUGGGAUUUCCUUUUCCCGUUGGCCUUUAACCGCUCGUACAAAGUGUGUGUCGAGGGAGAUUCAACAGUUGAUGCAAUAAAUGUUCUCCAGUGCA